GAGUUGGCAAGUAAAACUAAAUCCAGUAAAUCACAAAGCAGGCCUUCGACUGCAGGGGCUAGAGCUACUAGUGCAACAGAGAACACUGUUCGUUGUUCAAGGGCAGAAGUUUAUAACAGAUGUUCCACUAAUGAACAUCUAAAUGUGGCCGAUUCACCACAGGUUUCAGAAGCAACCGUUCAUCCUUCAGCAGCGUGCUGUUUUCAGCUCCAACAAGCAAAACAUCCAAGCAAACCCAAUCAAAUCGAACAGGAUAAGGAGAGUGUAAAUUCAUGUCAACCAGUCAUGAAACAGAAUGGAUCUAGUUUCAGCUUCAAAACAGAAGAGCGGGCCAGGAAAAGGAAAGAGUUCUUUAUGAAGCUAGAGGAGAAAGUGCAUGCCAAAGAGGAAAAAACACGUCAGCUCCAAGCGAGAAAACAGGAAAAUAAAGAAGCAGAGAUCAAACAGCUACGGAGAAAUCUCAAUUUCAAAGCAACUCCCAUGCCUGCCUUUUACCGUGAACCUGGACGCCGCUCAGAAAAAAACAAGGAUGGACAGAGCUGGGAGGAGGCAUGA